GGUUGCGAGCGCGUCAGUGUCAAUAGCGAUGGCUCGCGGGAAGAAGACGGCAGCGCCGCUCAAGGCGUCCACGCCCAAUGCCAAUGGCGGCAACAAGGGCAACAAGAAGACGGCGGGUAUUGCAGCGAAGAAGCAGAACAAACAGCAGGUGCAGACGCCUGUCAAGAGCAACAAACAACCCGUGAAGGUCGUGAAGCAGCCUGUAAAGGAAGAGGGCGAAAAUGAGGAGGAGGUCGACGAUGAGGCUAGCGAGACGGAGGACAGCGAUGAGGCUAGCGAUAGUGACGAAGAUGAUGGCGAGGGCAGCGACGAGUUUGAAGAUCAGGGGUCAUCCUCCGACGAUGACAGUGGUGACGAGGAGAGCGACGACGACGCUGAGCUCACUGAGCUUGAGAAGAAGACGCGUCGCUUCACGGUGGAUCGCGAGAAAGAGAUGCAAAAGAUGCGCGAGGAUGGAUCGCUUUCAGUGGCGUCGCAGCUACACGUGGACGAUCUGUCGUCUGACGAUGAAGAGAAUGUCAACACCAUUGGUAACGUACCGCUCCGGUGGUACGAGGACUACGACCACAUCGGUUACAAUGUGGACGGCAAGAAGAUCAUGAAAUCGAACAAUGGUGACGGCAUUGACGACGCUAUCGCUGCUAAGGAUGACCCAUACUAUGACCGCACGGUGUACGACGCGUACAAUGACCGCAAAAUUGUCAUUUCGGACCGCGACAUGGAGAUUAUUCGUCGUAUGCAGGCUGGUGCUUUCGCACACCCGGAGUUCGAGGCCUACCCGGACUACGUUGACAUUUACUCCUCGAACACAAUCAUCCACGCUAUGGGUAACGACCUUGAGCCCAAGAGCCGAUUCCUUCCUUCGAAAUGGGAGCGCAUGAAGGUUAUGAAGAUUAUGAAGGGUAUUAAGGAAGGUCGCAUCAAACUAGACCAGGAACCCGAAAAGAAGCCCGAAGUCUACCAGAUGUGGUUUGACGACGACCAGGCGCAGACUCGCAAGGGUCCGGCCCACGUGCAGGCUCCGAAGAUGCCGCUUCCUGGACACAUUGAGUCCUACAACCCUCCGGAUGAGUACUUGUUUACCAAGGAGGAGCGUCGCGCUUGGGAAGAAGCCGAACCGGAGGACCGUGACACGAACUUCAUCCCAAAGAAGUUCAAGUCGCUGCGUGAGGUGUGCGGCUACGGCGGCUUCGUGCGUGAGCGUUUUGAGCGCUGCCUGGAUCUGUACUUGGCGCCUCGCGUUAACAAGCGCAAGCUUAACAUUGACCCGGAGUCGCUCGUGCCGGAGCUACCGAAGCCUCAGGAUCUGCGUCCGUUUCCCAACACAUUGGAGCUUGUGUUCAAGGGCCACACUGGCCGUAUUCGUUCGCUGGCUGUAGACCCGUACGGCCAGUACGUGGCCUCAGGUUCGGACGACUUCACUGUUCGUAUUUGGGAGCUUGAGACUGCGCGUUGCCUGCAUGUGUACAACGUUGGUGCUGUGGUGCACAAGCUGUCAUGGAACCCGAACAAGGACCACCAGUUGCUGGCUGUGGCUGCUGCCAAGAAGGUCUUUAUCAUUGCUACCGGAACAGGUAGCGCAGACCAGACGGAACUCACCAAUGCGCUUGUGGGUGAUGCCAGUGACAGCAUUCAGACUUCCAAUGAUGAUGAUGGCAAGACAGAUAGCGCCAGUGGGGACGUCCAGGUCGUGGAUGAGGAUGAAGCCACUGUGGAGGCUGACGCGCUCAAGAAGAAGGUGCCGGUAACCUGGCGGUUCUACAGCGGCACCAAGGACAAGCACAAGUCAAAGAAGGCGGAUCGGCCGUGGCUGGAGCGUCGUGUGGGCACUGGUAUUCGUGUUGUGCUGCACCACACGAGCGACGUGAAGGACGUGGCAUGGCACUACAAGGGUGACUACCUUUCGACGGUUGCUCCUGGCGCUGGUGCCGGAGCAGUGCUGAUUCACCAGCUCUCGAAGAGGAAGACUCAGAACCCGUUCCAGAAGAGCGUGGGUCAGGUGCAGUGCGUGUUGUUCCACCCGUCCAAGCCAUUCUUCUUCCACGCUACCCAGCGCCACGUGCGUGUGUACAACUUAGUGAAGCAGUCGAUCGUCAAGAAGCUGUCUUCAGGUGUCAAGUGGAUCUCGAGCAUGGCGGUGCAUCCGAACGGUGACCACUUGCUAGUAGGAAGUUACGACCGGCGGUUGUGCUGGUUUGAUCUGGAUCUGUCUUCGAGGCCAUUCAAGACACUCAAGUACCAUGAGAAGGCUGUGCGCGACGUGUCGUUCCACGCCAAGUACCCGCUCAUGGCUUCAGCCUCGGACGACGGCACCAUUCACAUUUUCCACGCCAUGGUCUACUCGGACCUGAUGAAGAACCCGCUGAUCGUGCCGCUCAAGAUCCUGCGCGGCCAUGAGGUCUCUGGUGGUCUCGGUGUCAUGGCGCUAGCCUUCCACCCUGUCCUGCCAUGGGUGGUUACAGGCGGUGCCGACGGCUCCAUUCGCCUCUUCCAGAACAUUCACUAACUCGCUCAUUGUAGCGGGCUCGACGAUCCGAGCAACCAUCCGAGUGGUCGGCAAGGCAACGCUCCGUUUGUUGGAAACUUCAGUGCCUGUCGAAGCCAGCAACUCGUAACUGUGACGAUUCAAUAAUAGACAACGUGCAUACGGAUAUCGGAUCACACCGUUUCUGGCGGCUCCUUUAAAAGAUACACAUUCGUGGAAAAUAUAAUUGCGGCGACCAUGGCGAACAGCAAAUUGCUCGGCACAUGAUGACGGCAUGGUAACGUGAAGCCUCGCCUUUCCGCGACCAACAAAAGCCAGUGCAUUUUACCCAUUUUGAGCCACGACACAACGCUAAACUCGCCAAUUAAUCCUAGCCAAGAUGGC